GCAUCGGCUAUCGAUAGCCCGCCGCACGUGUGACAUUUCGGUUUGGAAAUUUGUUAGCUAAACUGACUAACUAAACUGGCAGCGCAGCAAGCACAACUGAAUGGCACGAAUCAAGAGCAAGGGCGAAAAGAUGGCCCCACAGGAUGUUAAGCCGAAGGCCUCCGGCUCGUCGCAGGCUGUCAAGGGCCCUGCGGCUGGUGGCACCGAUCCGGAGGGCGGGAUCUGGCGCGAUGCCCGCUUCCAGCACCUCCUGGAGGAUCCCCGCUUCCGCGGUGUUCCCAAGGUGCAGCGCAAGGUGAAGAUCGACAAGCGCUUCAAGGGCAUGUUCACCGACGACAAGUUCAAGGUGAAGUACACCGUGGACAAGUACGGCCGUCCGGUGAACAAGACCAAUGCCGAGGAUUUGCGUAAGUUCUACGAGCUGGACGAGAACGAGAGUGAGAGCGACAGUGACGGUGAGGAGGCGGCCAAAGAGAAGCCGGAUUCCGAUUCGGAGGCGGAGCAGCAGGAGCGCCGUGCCGAGGAGCUGGCCAUAGCCAACCUGGAGAAGAAGCAGCAAAAAGUCGACGAGGACCUGGACAGUGAUGCCUCCGAGGUGCCCCUCAGUCUGCGCGAGCGCCUGACCAACCCGGACAUUGACUACGCCCGCGGAGAGGGCCGCUUGUUCACAGACUCCUCCUCCUCCGAGGAGGACGACAGCGACGACGGGGACGGCGGUAUGGAACUACAGAUGGACCAUGUGUGGGGCGAGCUGGACAAUGAUGCCGAGCAUACCGAGGAGAGCACCCGCCGCCUGGCCGUCUGCAACAUGGACUGGGACCGCAUCCGUGCCGAGGACCUGAUGGUCCUGUUUAGCUCAUUCCUGCCGCCCGGCGGCAGCAUCCUAAGCGUGAAGAUUUACCCCUCGGAGUUUGGCAAGGCUCGCAUGGCCGAGGAGGAGCUGCACGGCCCCAAAGAGCUGGUGGAGCGCAAUGAGGAGUCGGAGGAAGACUCCGAUGAAGAGCUGGUGCGCGAGGAUGACAGCGAUGUGGAGGAGGGCAAGAACUACCACAUGGAGAAGCUGCGCCAGUACCAGCUGAACCGCUUGCGUUACUACUACGCCGUUGUGGAGUGCGACAGCGUGGCCACCGCCGACAAGGUGUACAAGGAGUGCGAUGGCAUCGAGUACGAGAGUUCCGCCACCCGCGUGGACCUGCGCUUCAUUCCGGACGACACUACGUUCCAGGAAGACACCCCGUCGGACGAAUGCCACGAGCUGCCGGACGCAAGCAGCUACAAGCCGCGCCAGUUCACCACCACCGCGCUGCAGCAGGCCAAGGUGGAUCUCACCUGGGACGAGACAGCCCUGGACCGUCGUGAGCUGGGCGACAAGCUCUCCAGCGGCCAGGUGGACAAGCUCACAGACAAGGAGCUGCGCAAGAUUGUGGCGUAUAGCAGUGAGGAGGAGGAGGUGGAGGACGACACCGAUGAGGAGGCGCCCCAGGCAGAGCAGGCAGCUGGAGAGGAACCCGCAAAGAAGCCCACAAAGAUAUCGAAAAAAGAUCGUAUUGCCGCCUACAAGAAUCUGCUGGCCGACAUUCUGGAGCAGGAAAAGAAGGAGAAGGAGCAAAAGUACGAGAUGGAAAUGUCCUGGAACGUGGAGCCGCAGCAGAAAGAGGAGGAGCCAGUAAAGAAGGGCCCUGCCACCGAACUUACGCCCAUCGAAAAGGUGAUCCAGAAGCGCAGCGAGAAGAACAAGCAGCGCAAGGAGCAGCGUCGCCAGCGCCAGCUAGAGGCCAGAGGUGGAGAUCCCGGUGAGGACAGUGAUGCCUCCAUGGUGCCCGAUGGCAUCGACCUGAACGACGCCUACUUCGCCGAAGAGUUUGCCAACGGGGACUAUGAGCCCCCGAAGACGAAGCAGGACAAGAAGAAAAAGAAGAAGCGCAGCAAGGCCGAUGGAGAGGAGGAUGCCGAGGCCAAGCAGCAGGAGAAGGAGUUGGAACUCCUGCUGGACGACGGCGAUGGGCGCGACGAGAAGCAGCACUUCAGCCUGAGCAAAAUUCUCAAGAAGGAGGAGCAGGAAACCGGCGGCUCGAAGCGCAAGCGCCGCCAGCAGCUGAAGAAGUCGAAGAACAAGCCCCAGGAAUCGGAGAAGCCGGACGACGACUUCCAGGUGGACCUCAACGAUAAGCGCUUCAAGGCCGUCUACAAGUCGCACGAGUACAACAUUGAUCCCACCCACUCUCACUACAAGCCCACCAAGGGCAUGCAGCAGAUCAUCGGCGAGAAGCUGAAGCGCAGGAAGCAGCAAGUGGAGGAGGGCGGCGCUGACAACGUAGAGGCGGACGGGGAUGAGCCGGUGGCCCCCAAGCGCAGCAAGCAGCAGCUGGAGCAGAACGCCCUGGUCAAGAGCCUCAAGCGCAAGAUCCAGCAGCAACAGCGCGGGCAGAAGCACUAGGGGACUAAUUUACAAUAGGUUGUAAACCAUAACAUUAUAAUUUUAUGAAUGCUAAGACUGUUUUGGUUAAAGGAAGGGAAAUAAAUACUGCAAUUAUCCAGUAAUUAUAGUUGGGGUGUCCCCUGGAUGAGCACCCACUAAACACAUGUAAAUCACA